AUGAUGACGAUGGCGGCGGAGGACCAGGCGGCGGUGCCGCGGGUGGUCUCGAUCCUGUCGGCGCUGCUGGAGCGCGUGGCGGAGCGCAACGACGUCGUCGCGGCGGUGGAGCGGCGCAUACGGGACGUGGAGGAGCAGGAGGAGGAAGAGCAUGAUCAACAAGAAGACGGCAAGGAGUCGACGACGACGAUGACGAAGAAGAAGAAGGCGGUGUCGGCGUUCCAGGGGCUGACGAAGCCGGCCAUCUCCGUCGGCGGCUACCUGGAGCGCAUCUUCCGGUUCGCCGGCUGCAGCCCCUCAUGCUACGUGGUGGCCUACAUCUACCUCGACCGCUUCCUGCGCCGCCGCCCCGCCCUCGCCGUCGACUCCUUCAACGUCCACCGCCUCCUCAUCACCUCCGUCCUCACCGCCGUCAAGUUCGUCGACGACAUAUGCUACAACAACGCCUACUUCGCGAGGGUGGGAGGGAUCAGCCUGAUGGAGAUGAACUACCUGGAGGUGGACUUCCUCUUCGGCAUCGCCUUCGACCUCAACGUCACGCCCGCCGUCUUCGCCUCCUACUGCGCCGUGCUGCAGACCGAGAUGGCGUACCUCGAGCACCCGCCGCCGUCCAUCGACGCCGUCUCCCCCACCAGCUUGCUGCAGCACUGCUUGCCCGACCAGGAGGUCGACACCGCCGCCGCCGCCACCGCCGCCACCAAGUCCGGCUGCCACCGACACCAGCAGCAGCUUACCGUCUGA